AUGGCCCUCAACUUGCGCCUGCGGGUCGUGAUCCCCAUCGUCGCCCUCAUCGCCCUCGCCGCCGUCCUCGUCCGCUUCCACGAGAGCAUCGCCAACACCGACUCGCUCUUCAGCCUCCCUUACCACGCAAAGACCGCGGAUGGCGAGCACCCGUCGUCGUCGUCGUCGUCGUCGUCGUCGCCAGACUCUCCGAUAAAGGCGGAUCCGAAUCCGAAACCCAAGCCGAACCCGAAGCCCCUUUUCGAACAGACGCCCGUUUACAAACCCGCGCCGAAAUACACCCCGCCGCCCGUCAUCGACCCCUUCCCGCUCCUCGCCAACACCGAUUCCCCGCCGCCCCCGAUCCCCGCACACAAUGUGCCCCGGCCCGACCUCCACAAAACCUACGGCCUCGACCGCCCGCCGCCGCUGUUCAUCGGCUUCUCGCGGCAGUGGCCCAUCCUGCUCCAGUGCGUCGUCAGCUACAUCACCGCCGGCUGGCCCGCCUCGGGCAUCUACGUCCUAGAGAACACGGGCGUGCAGUUUGCCAACGCCCGCGGCAACCUCACGCUGCAGAACCCCUUUUACCUCAACCACACCACCCUCCGCCGCCUCGGCGUCAACGUCCUGCAGGCCCCGGCCCUGCUCUCCUUCUCGCAGAUGCAGAACACCUUUCUCCACGAGGCCCACGCCAACGGCUGGCCCUACUACUUCUACUCCCACCAAGAUGUCCUCGUCUUCUCCUUUGAGGACGGGCCUGACGACCGCCACCGCCCCGGCGACCGCGCCUGGGAGUACUACGACGACGCCGACCGCAAUGAGGGCGCCCGGCCCGCCGCCGCGGGGCAGCCGGGCUACCGCACCAUAUACGAGAACUGCCUGCGCGAUCUAAACACGACGCUGGCGAGGGGCGAGCGCUGGGGGUUCCGCUGGUACCAGUACGACCACCUGACGCUCGUGAACCGCGACGCCAUGGACGCCAUCGGGGGCUGGGACUCCCUGAUCCCCUACUACGCGACCGACUGCGACAUGAACGCCCGGCUGACCAUGGACGGCUGGUCCAUGAAGCACCGACGAGCCGGGCUGAUCAACGACGUUUCAACCCACCUCGAAGACCUGGCCGUGCUUUACAGGGUCCCGGGCACGGAACCCAGAUUCGUCGACCCGAACCCUCCCGCGCCCGAUAAGAGGUCCGACAACGAGGGGCGGGACGAAGGGAAGCGGCCGACAAACGCCACAGCCACGCCCGCCGGCACCACGCCCGCCGGCGCAGACUACUUCCGCGCGGUCGCCGACGUCGGCUUCGACAUGACCAACUACAAGUACCGCGACAGUGACCACAACCGCAACUCGUGGCAGAAAAGCCAGCACGGCGGCGCGGGCGAGCCCUAUUACUACGACCCGGAGGGCUUCGCCGAGGCCUUUGAGGUGCUCGUCGGCGCGGGCCGCAAGAUCUUCGAGCUCAAGUGGGGCCGCGGCGGGUGCGACAUCGCCGAGGGCUACGGCCUGAAGAUCGAGGACCAGUGGCGCGUCAUGCCCGCCAAGAAGAAGGACGGCUGA